UGAUUAGGCAGCAACACCUAAUGUCCUUGUUUCCUUCUUAUUAAAAAAAUUAUUUAAUGAAUAUAUUGUUCUAAACCUAAAAGCCAAGAAUUCCAACCUCAAAUCAACCAUUUCUUUAUAUACACAAAUAUAAUGUUUUCUCAAUCACUCUCUCCACUAAGUCCCCACAAACUUAUAAAGAACAUAGACCAACAAAAAACCUCUCCAUUUUCUCUAUUGUUUCACCUCUUCCAAAAAACUUAUAUGAAUCAUGGCUAUAAGCUUAUCGACUAUUGUUUCAUCUUCUAUUCCAAUAUUGGCCCUCGAUUCGAGCAAACGGGCUCCGAGGGCCAGGGGUAGUUUGGUCAUUAUGUGUGCCACAAAUCCUGCUCCAUCUGGCCUUCAGAUCAGAUCAUAUGAUCACAACAAGAUCAAGGUGUUUGAAGAUAAAUUAAAUGGUAUCAUUUGCUACAAGGAUGGAAAUGGGGAGAUGAUUUGCGAAGGUUACGAUGAGGGUCCUCGUUUUUCCCAACAAAUUUCAAGAUUUACUUCUAAUUCAAGCGGAGAUGCUGAGAUAAUUGAAUUGCUUCAGAGAUGUUUGCUCCAUGCGUCUGAUGAGAAAGAGUUGACUAUAUUCUGACAUCAUAGAAAAUUGUUUUUGAUGAGUUUAGAAGAAUUAUUUCUCUUCAGAAACAAAAUCCAAUGUGAAUUAAUGAAGCCCGUAAUUAUAUCAAAAACCAUGUUGUUUUAAUUUCUUGAAUAUCUUUCCCUAUGCUGCAAUGGUUAUAUGAGUUUAUGGGAAUUCAAUCGUGUGUAGAGAUGUAAAUGAGUUGAGUAGAGAAAUGGUAGACUCAAUCCCAAGCUUGAUUUAAAUUUGUAUGCUCAAACUUACAUUUGUAAGCUCGAGGUAUAAACGACUUAUUUUGAUGAUA